GCCAGAAUAUGACAUUACACCCGGGCGUUCCGAGAGACCAUAGAGCGUACGCUAGAGGUUCAAGCUUCCCUGCACAGGCAGAAAAACAUGGCAGACGACGAGAAAUUACCAUCGGGCUGGGAAAAGCGGAUGAGCCGCAGUUCAGGUCGGGUGUACUACUUUAAUCACAUCACCAACGCCAGCCAAUGGGAGCGGCCGAGCGGGGCGGGGGAUGGGAAGGGUGAGCCGGAGAAGGUGCGCUGUUCCCACCUGCUGGUCAAACACAACCAGUCCCGCCGGCCCUCGUCCUGGAGGGAGGAGAACAUCACCAGGAGCAAGGAGGAGGCUCUGGAGAUGAUACAGCAGUACAUAGAGAAGAUCAAGUCUGGUGAAGAGGAGUUUGAGAGCCUGGCCUCCCAGUUCAGUGACUGCAGCUCUGCUAGAAAUGGAGGUGACCUGGGCACAUUCGGCAGAGGUCAAAUGCAGAAGCCGUUUGAGGACGCCUCCUUCGCUCUCAAAGUCGGGGACAUGAGCGGCCCGGUGUUCACCGACUCUGGAGUCCACGUUAUCCUGCGCACGGGAUGAGCCCAAAAGCACCCCCUCACCCCAAUAUCAACACCCAUAAAAAUAACCCCCACUGCCCUAUACUGUCAACAACACCCCAGGAAAUAACCACCCCUUCUAUCAACAACACCCCAAAAAACACCCAUCUCAAGUAGCAGCAACGCCCCAAAAACCUCCUCACAUAGCAGCAACACCCCAAAAACCUCCCUGCUCAGAUAGCAGCAACACCCCAAAAACCUCCCUCCUCAAGUAGCAGCAACACCCCGAAUGCCAACAAUGGCCUCAAAGAUCAGCCCUCCCCAAUAUCAGCCCCUUCUCUGUCCCCAAGUCGACAUCUCCGAUCCCCCAUGCUCAUACUUGGCUUUCUUAAAUAAUUUCCCUGAAACCAGCACCCCCACAUAAAGGCUUCACAAAACCAUGCCCCCUAACUUUCUUCUGAUCUUCCUUCAAGAAAAUGUCACCCUCUGUCCCCCCCUCCCCCUGCGUCCAACUUUACAGAAGCUUGCCCACUUACCUAAAGUUUCGGACUCCACUUACUUCCUGUGAUCUAGUAAAUCCAGGAAGACCUCUGUGACAUCACUCUAGCCCCUGUCCUAAUGAUACUCUUCAGCCCAGCCCCCUCUUCUCACUCCACCCUCAUUCCUGCCUGCCCCGCCCCCUUAGUGUAAGUGCAUGGGUCUGCUGGGCGGGACUGAGAAACAGCUCUGUAGCCACGGUUGCCACGGUGACUGUUGUUGAGACAACGAGUAAUAUGUAAAAAAUAAUAAAAAAGCCUCUGAUUGGACAGAAAGUGUGACUUUUGCUGUCUGCAGACGGUCACACAUUAAAGAGUGAUGUUUCCGCUGUAUUCGUAUGUCUGACGGGUAGCGAGGGUUUAUAUUUAGGUCCUCAAAUGAAUAUGUGCCUGUUCGUUUCUACACCCCCCAAAAAAAACUUCCAUCCCAGCCUGGAUGCCAAACUUUUCUUCCUCUUUUCCUUUCUGCUAGUCCCUACAGAUAGAGACCAGACUUCACAAUUUUGCAGUCUUUCUGCAGUGGCUCUAUGUAUGAGCAAGCCUUUGAUUGGCUGAGACUUAGUGUUCCGUUAAAAAAAAAAAAAAAAAAAAAGAAAAAAACCGCUUUCCUGGACCGUGAUUGGUCCUGCCGUCACACGUGUUGCGUCCGUUAGUGCUAGUUUCAUGACUUGCAAAGACCGACAGAGAGUGAAGAGGGGGAAGAAAAUCACCGGAUUAGGCAGGAGGAUGGAGAGUAGAAUGCAAUUUUGAAAGCAUGGAUGUAGAAAUGUAGCUUUGCUCUCUGGGUUAAAUGUGUUUUAAAAAUUUGGAAACCUCUAAUCACGCUUUAUAACCGAGUAGAGAAACGUGUCUUUGACUUCUUAUUGCUAAAGGCUAUAGGUUUUUAAACGGGGGAAGGGACAAAAGCACUGGAGUCCUUUUGAAUGUUAUUUUUGUUUGUUUCUCCAUUCCCUGCUUUGACUGUAAUGCCUGGGCCCUAGGACUGUGUUACCGUAUGCAUGUGGAGGGUGUUUUCACAUCGGUGCCAAAACAUCAUUUGCUGAACGUCACCAUUAAAGGAAUGUGUUUUUUUUU